UAAAGUCACAUUAUCAACCGAUUUUAUUUGGUCGAAUUUUAUGAUUCUAAAUUUUCGAUGUUUUUUUUUGCAGGUUGUUUGAUCGUCCUUCACAGUUGCAAUUGAAUUCUGGUUUCGUGAAACCCUAAUUGAUUCGUUUCGGAUGAAGGAAUUAGACCUCUCCGAUGGAAGACAUAAAAGCACGUCUCCUUCCAGCAAAACCGUCACCUGUUCUAAACCCUCGAGAUGCAUCUUACAGAGCAUCUCCAUUUGCGCGCCAGCCUUUUCAAGGAGUUGAUGUUUUAGGCCUAAAAAAGCGUGGCCAAGGUCUUCGAUCAUGGAUCCGUGUUGAUGCCGCAACUGGGGAUUCCCAAGUUAUUGAGGUUGACAAGUUCACAAUGAUGCGGCGUUGUGAUCUUCCUGCACGUGAUCUUCGCCUACUCGAUCCUUUAUUUGUCUACCCUUCAACAAUUCUUGGCAGAGAGAAGGCGAUAGUUGUAAAUUUGGAACAGAUUCGGUGUAUUAUAACAUCUGAUGAAGUUUUGCUUCUAAAUUCACUUGAUAGUUAUGUAUUACAGUAUGUGGUGGAACUUCAACGACGGUUGAAAGCUGGAGGAGCUGAUGAUGUUUGGCAGUCAGAAAGCUCUGACUUCAACAGACGGAGAGGAGGUAGGACUUUCCGGGAUAUGUUUGGGGGUACGUCAGCUGAUUACUUGCCGUUUGAGUUCAAGGCUUUAGAAGUUGCUCUUGAGGCUGCUUGUACAUUUUUGGACACACAGGCAUCAGAAUUAGAAAUCGAAGCGUAUCCAUUGCUAGAUGAACUUACAUCAAAGAUCAGUACUGCAAACUUGGAGCGUGUUCGUAGACUGAAAAGCAGACUCGUUGCAUUGACUCGGAGGGUUCAGAAGGUAAGAGAUGAGAUAGAGCAACUCAUGGAUGAUGAUGGAGAUAUGGCUGAAAUGUAUCUAACAGAGAAAAAAAGGCGAAUGGACUCAUUAUUCUAUGGUGAACAAUCUAUACCGGGAUACCGAUCUGUUGAUGGUGGGCUUUCUAUUUCCGCUCCAGUUUCUCCGGUUUCUUCACCUCCCGAUUGUCGAAGGCUCGAAAAAAAUUUGAGCCUUGCAAGGAGCAGACACGAUAGCGCGAGGAGUUCAGAGAGUGCUACAGAACACAUCGAUGAGCUCGAGAUGUUGCUGGAGGCGUACUUUGUUGUCACUGAUAGCACUCUUAAUAAGCUUACAUCGUUGAAGGAAUACAUUGAUGAUACUGAAGAUUUCAUCAACAUUCAACUGGAUAACGUUCGGAACCAGCUUAUACAGUUUGAGUUGCUACUGACGACUGGGACAUUUGUCGUCGCCAUAUUCGGGGUGGUGGCGGGGAUAUUCGGGAUGAAUUUCCAGAUAACGUUGUUUGAUUCGCCAUCGGCAUUCAAAUGGGUAUUGAUAAUUACUGGGGUUUCUGGAGCCAUUUUGUUUGGGUCAUUUUUGUGGUUUUUCAAGCACAGAAGAUUGAUGCCAUUGUAGAUUGGGGCAAAUUCAGAUGGAAGUAUGAUGAGCAUUGGAAAGCAAAAGAGUUCUCAAAGUGUGAAUUUUGAUUCUUUCUUAUCAAGUGUUACUCUAAUUAUUGAUGCAAAAGAAUACUAUGAAGAUUAUUUUGAUUUAUGGGUUAAAUGCACCCUUAUAUUUAUACAAUAUUAUAAAGCAUUUGACAAAAACUUUUAA